AUGGGUUUCGAGGCGCGUGCUCCCCCCUCUCUCCGCCGUGUGCACGCUCCCUGCGCGCGCCCGAGCCCCUGCGCCCCGCCCGCGUUGCGCACCGCCUCCCGCCUGCUCCCCGCCCCUCCCGCUGCACCCCGCCCCCGCGAAGCGCUGCCUCCACCGAGGAGGGAGGGAGGGCGCCGGCGGCCCGAACGCACAGCCCAGCGUCGCGGCGGCGGCAGCGGCUCAUCGGCGGACCCCGGUGCUCACUGCGGCGCCCAGCAGCCGGCCUCAGGCCGUGAGAAUCUCACUCGGCUCCCCGCGCGUCCCUGUCGCUCCCGCCUCGGGCCGGCCGUGGCGCCUAGAGCCAGUGCGAUGCUGCACCGUCCCGCGCCCAUGCGGGCCCCGGCCGCCUGGCUGCUGCUGGCCGGGCUGCUGUGCGGCGGUGGGGUCUGGGCCACGCGAGGUAAGCGCUCUGGCAAGGGAACGUCAGGGUCCCGGGUCGGGGCGCAGGAGGCCGCGGGUGCGUGCUGCACCGCCUUGGGAAAGCUGGGCUCGGUCCGGGGCGGGGCCCCUGGGCCUGGGGCCCCCAGUUUUGUGGUUGGGGGAGACCCCGUGUCGCCCCUGCUGCACGAUGGACACUGUGUCUUCUCUCCAGGCCACCGCCUCCCACCGGCCUUUAAACUUAAUAAACAUAAACCAUGGCUUGAGCCCACCUAUCAUGGUAUCAUUACAGAAAACGAUAACACAGUCCUCCUGGACCCUCCUCUGAUUGCCCUGGAUAAAGACGCCCCUCUACGCUUCGCAGAGAGUUUUGAGGUGACAGUCACCAAAGAAGGUGAGAUUUGUGAAUUUAAAAUUCACGGGCAGAGCGUCCCCUUUGAUGCAGUGGUAGUGGAUAAAUCCACAGGUGAGGGACUGAUUCGCUCCAAAGAGAAACUGGACUGUGAGCUGCAGAAAGAUUACACGUUCACUAUCCAGGCCUACGACUGUGGGAAGGGGCCCGAUGGCAGCAACGUGAAAAAGUCUCAUAAAGCCGCUGUCCACAUUCAGGUGAACGACGUGAACGAGUAUGCACCUGUGUUCAGGGAGAAGUCCUACAAGGCGACAGUCAUCGAGGGGAAGCAGUACGACAGCAUUCUGAGGGUGGAGGCCGUGGACGCGGACUGCUCCCCGCAGUUCAGCCAGAUUUGCAGCUAUGAAGUCGUCACUCCAGAUGUGCCAUUUACUAUCGACAAAGAUGGGUAUAUCAAAAACACAGAGAAGUUGAACUACGGGAAAGAGCAUCAGUACAAACUGACAGUCACUGCCUAUGAUUGUGGGAAGAAAAGAGCCACCGAAGAUGUUUUGGUAAAGAUCAACAUCAAACCCACAUGCAGCCCAGGGUGGCAAGGAUGGAACAAUAGGAUUGAAUAUGAACCUGGCACCGGUGCUUUGGUCCUCUUCCCCAGCGUCAAUCUAGAGACUUGUGACGAGCCCAUUGCCUCUGUCCAGGCCACAGUGGAACUGGAGACCAGUCAUAUAGGGAAAGGCUGUGACCGAGACACCUACUCUGAGAAAUCCCUUCACCAGCUCUGUGGUGCUGCUUCUGGUACUGCUGAGCUGCUGCCCUCCCCAAGCAGCACCCUAAACUGGACCAUUGGCCUCCCCACCGACAAUGGCCAUGAUAGUGACCAGGUCUUCGAGUUCAAUGGCACUCAAGCAGUGAGGAUCCCGGACGGCGUCGUUACAGUCAACCCGAAAGAGCCUUUUAUGGUUUCUGUGUGGAUGCGGCACGGGCCUUUUGGCAGGAAGAAAGAGACCAUUAUUUGUAGUUCAGACAAAACAGAUCUGAACCGGCAUCAUUACUCACUCUAUGUCCAUGGUUGCCGGCUCAUUUUCCUCCUCCGUCAGGACCCUUCCGAGGAGAAGAAGUACAAGCCUGCUGAAUUCCACUGGAAGUUGAAUCAGGUCUGCGAUGAAGAAUGGCAUCACUAUGUCCUCAAUGUGGAAUUCCCAAGUGUGACUCUCUACCUGGAUGGUGUUUCUCAUGAGCCCUUCUCUGUGAUGGAAGAUUACCCACUUCAUUCAUCCAAGAUAGAGACCCAGCUCGUGGUUGGAGCGUGUUGGCAAGAGUAUUCAGGACUUGAGAAUGACAAUGAGACUGAGCCUGUGGCUGUGACCUCUGCAGGUGGUGACCUGCACAUGACCCAGUUUUUCCGAGGUAAUCUGGCUGGCCUAACGAUCCGUUCUGGGAAACUCGCAGAUAAGAAGGUGAUCGAUUGUCUGUAUACCUGCAAAGAGGGGCUAGAUCUGCAGAUCCCUGAAGACGGCAGCAAAAGUGUGAAGGUCCAAGUCAACCCCAGUCAGUCUAUGCUGACCUUGGAGGGAGAGGAUGUUGGGGAGUUGGAUAAGGCCAUGCAACACAUUUCCUACCUGAACUCACGCCAGUUCCCCACUCCUGGAAUCCGGAGACUCAAAGUCACCAGCACGGUCAAGUGUUUCAAUGAGGCCCCCUGCAUCUCCAUCCCCCCAGUGGAUGGCUACGUGAUGGUUUUGCAGCCAGAGGAGCCCAAGAUCAGCCUGAGUGGGGUCCACCAUUUUGCUCGGGCAGCAUCGGAAUUUGAAAGCUCGGAGGGGGUAUUCCUGUUCCCCGAACUUCGGAUCAUCAGCACCAUCACGAGAGAAGUGGAGCCUGAACGGGAUGGUGACGAGGAUCCCACAGUUCAAGAGUCCCUGGUGUCUGAGGAGAUUGUGCAUGACCUGGAUACCUGUGAGGUCAUCGUGGAGGGAGAGGAACUGAACCAAGAGCAAGAGAGCCUAGAAGUGGACCUGACGCGCCUGCAGCAGAAGGGCAUUGAGAUGAGCAGCUCUGACCUGGGCAUGGUCUUCACAGGCGUAGAUACCAUGGCCAACUACGAGGAGGUGCUGCAUCUGCUGCGCUACCGCAAUUGGCACACCAGGUCCUUGCUCGACCGCAAGUUCAAGCUCGUCUGUUCGGAGCUGAACGGUCGCUAUGUCAGCAACGAAUUCAAAGUAGAGGUGAAUGUGAUACACACAGCUAACCCCAUGGAGCAUGCCAACCACAUGGCCGCACAGCCGCAGUUCGUGCACCCUGAACACCACUCCUUCGUUGACCUGUCGGGACACAACCUGGCCAGCCCCCAUCCCUUUGCAGUCGUGCCCAGCACGGCAACUGUGGUCAUUGUCGUGUGCGUCAGCUUCUUGGUUUUCAUGAUCAUCCUGGGGGUGUUCCGGAUCCGGGCUGCUCACCAGCGAACCAUGCGGGACCAGGACACAGGGAAGGAGAAUGAGAUGGAUUGGGAUGACUCUGCCUUGACCAUCACCGUGAACCCCAUGGAGACGUAUGAGGACCAGCACAGCAGUGAGGAGGAAGAGGAAGAGGAGGAGGAGGAAGAGAGUGAGGAGGGUGAGGAGGACGAUGACAUUACUAGCGCCGAAUCGGAGAGCAGCGAGGAGGAGGAAGGGGGGCAUGGGGACCAGCCGGGCACCAGCAGACAGCAGCAGCUGGAGUGGGACGACUCCACCCUCAGCUACUGACCCCGUG